UGAGAUUUUUCAAACUCUGGUAAUCGUGCAGAGUGAAAGGUUUUCUGGUGAAAAUGAACCAUUUGGUGCUUAUUUGUUACUYUUGCUAAAACUGCACAUUGUUAGGAAGGAUUUCUGAAAAGUUGGUUUGUUAAAAGUGUGUKUUCUUCACGAUGUGACUUGGUUUUGUCCGUCCAGUUCGAUCGCAGUGGCGGGCUUGAUGUUAUGUAGCAAGAACGCAAAAUGACAUCCCUCAACGCUAGCAAAGGCGCUCGUGUCCCUGCACCGACCAGAAAGCUAGUUAUUCGUAAAGCCAACAGCCAAAGAGACCUUCGUCCUUUAACAGAUCGUCUCACUCUCAGUAAGGUACUUGGCCUUACUUGUGCUUCUAAUGCCGCCCUUACUUGUAAUCCAGUGAAUGGGAUCAUUGCCUAUCCUGCCGGGUGCACAGUAGUUCUAUUUAAUCCAAGAGGAAGCAAACAAGAGUUCAUUCAAAAUGUCUGCAAGUAAGUCUGACAUUGAGUUAUUUCACAGUCAACUCAGGCAUUCAAACUCAAUUCUUUA